GGCUGUUACAAAAAGGCAUUGUGUCUCCUCUCUUGAGCUCCUUUAGCUCACUUGUACUGUGGGAAGCUGGGAACCAUCUCGCAAUGACACUCAAACCUUGUAUGGAGUGGUCUGCAUGGUGAGGAACCUAGGUUUUCUGCCAAAGCCACAAGAGUGAGCCAUCCCAGAAGUGAAUCUUCUAGCUCCACGUGAUGACAGCCCCAGCUGAUAGCUUGGCAGCAAUUUCAUGAGAGAUCCUGAGCAGGAACCAGACAACUAAGCUGCUCCUGGAUUGAGCCUUAGAUAUCGUGAUGCACAUCUAAUUCCAGUGACUCAAGAGAUUGAAGCAGGAGGAUGAGAGCCCCACAGGGGAAACAUCAGUCGACCAGGGGCAGUCAAAAUGAGUGACAAUACUACUUUGGCUCCUCCAGCGGCAAGCCAAGCUCCUGCCACCCCACGCAAAGGGCCUCCCAAGUUCAAGCAGAGACAGACUCGCCAAUUCAAGAGCAAACCUCCUAAAAAGGGUGUGAAAGGGUUUGGAGAUGACAUUCCAGGCAUGGAGGGACUAGGAACAGAUAUCACGGUGAUUUGUCCUUGGGAGGCAUUCAGCCACCUAGAACUGCAUGAGCUUGCCCAGUUCGGGAUUAUCUAAAGCACCAGAGGUUCUGCCAACGCUCAACAAUAUCUGCUGUAAAAUUGACUGCUUUUGCUCUAUUGUUCUGACAGAGGCUUAAAAUUCAGUAUUUAGAAGGAGUUUCUUGGGCUUCUGUGGUCAUUUUCCAUCAGUUACCAAGAGUUCUCUUGGUGUCAGAAUCUCUCUUGCAGCCCAUAGCUCAGCUAGGAGUGUGAUUGAAAACCUACUUUUGUUGGGUCAUUUUAAACUUACCACCCUUUCUAUCAACUGAUUAGAAGUCAUCAAUACUUCUGUACAUUUUGUUUUAUGUGUAAGUUUCUCAAAUCUAAUUUGCUUGGCAUUCAUUGUAAUUAGUAGUAGAAUUUUAAGAUAGCAUGUCAUUCUUCGCCCCUUCUUAUUUAAGAAAGGAGACAUUUACCUUGAAUCUUAUGGUGAAAUUGUACUAAAUACUGCAUACAAAUACUUGAUGACCUGUUCUGAGAACCAAUUAAACAAAGAAGGCACAGUCAUGUGGAAAUAGGUACAUGGUGCUUGUGAAAGAGCACAAGAUUAAGAUUCAAGUCAUAGUUCUGCUUUGUCAAUUUCACUUUCUUGGUCUAUAUUUUAUUGAAUUAGGCUAUCCUGAGGUCCCAUGUAGCUGUGAAUUGUAUAAUUCUACGAUAGUUGAAGACUGGACACUUAAACUCACAACUCUGACAACAUGAGUCUACUUUUUAGUGCUCUGUUUUGGGAAAGUUCCUAUUUGUAGCCUCCCUUUGGUGGAAUUAUUCUGUCCAAUGGCUUAAGGUGAGAGUCACAGCUUAUUUGUAUAUGCAUCGGCUGGAUUUCUGUACAUUUAUAAUAAAUCACUUUUAAACCAUUCGUUUAAAAGCUUUAUAUGCUAUAGAUGCAAAGUACAGAUAGUUGAACCCUCCAAAUAAAAUGAAGAUUUGCUUCA